UGCUGAAUGAGUGCUCUGUGUGGACUGAGUCAUUAAAAAUCUGUGGAAUAGUCAACCAUGGCUGCACAAAAAUAAAUAUACAGCUGACUAAGGAACUUUCAAAUGCUUGAGCAGGCAUGGAGGAUAAAACACUGAAAUCAACCAGUCUUUUGACAAUGCCAGGAUUUAAAUGAGGGCCUUCAUGGGAGCAUGCCAAAAGCAAGAUCUGUUUCUUGGAUGCAUCCCAAAAGCUCCCCAGAUAUCUGAUGUCAAGCAACUAUUCCUGUGGACUCCCAGCAGAAAAUGCAACAUUCAGCAGAAAAAUGGCUUGUUCUCUUCCCUGGUUCUCUGCACACCCAGUUUCUGGUAUUCCUGAGAAAUUACCUUCUGUUUUCCUUCAGUUUUAUUGCCCUCUGAACUUGCCAGAAAUUACUUUACGAAGUUCUACACUGACUGGUUUUUAUGUUGUUACUUCAGCCUUUGCUGUAGUGCUCCUGCUGCUUAACUGUGAUGAAAAUUUCAGACCCUUCAACUCAAGUCUUGAUAGAUAAAGGUUGUUGUGUAUCAUCCAUCAAAUUCCAGUUUUUACCAAACUUACGCCCACUGAAUCACUAAGGCUGCAGAUCCUGAAUUGUGAACUUUCAUCAAAAGUAGACAUUCCAAGCCAGCUUUCCAUUGGGUGGAGUGCCUCUGUUGCAAUAGUUUGUCUGGCCUGGCUUCACAACAGGAAGUUGCCUGGAAAGAGAAGCUGCUUAGACGCUGCAAAUAUUUCUCAUCUUGAGGUGUCUGUGUUUGUGAUCUCAAAUGACUCCAGAACUUGCAGAGACUACUUUAAAUCAAUUCAAGCGCAGAAGGCAGAGGGCGGUGGAUCACUCUGCUGAGGACUGGAGUGCCUGGAAGCCGAAGGAGCACUCAGCCUUGUAGCCGACCAGCAGCUCAGCAUGAGCCCGGGGAUACAGAAGGUUGAAGCUUUGGAUGAGGGCCAUUUGGUCUGCGUGCAGUGGGAGGAUGGAAGUGAGAGCAACUACCCCUGUGUCUGGCUGAGGGACAAUUGCCAGUGUCCCCUCUGCUUCCUGCCCUCCGCUGGAGCACGCAGGCUGCUCUUCGAGGACCUGGAUGUGAACAUCGUGGUGAAGCAGGUUGCUCUGGCAGAUAGCAAAAAGGUCUCUAUUAUAUGGCCUGAUGAACACACAAGUGAAUAUGAAGCAGAGUGGUUGAAAAAACGAUGCUUCUCUGAAGAAGCCAGAGCUGUAAUGCGAGCAGAUUUGUUUUUACCAGAACGCCAGUACUGGGGCUCAGACCUUCAACUUCCCAAAAUACCUUUUGAAGAAAUCAUGUCCAAUGAUGAAAGUGCGUACAAAUGGUUGUGCAUGCUAAAGAAAGUAGGAAUUGUUCUACUGACAGGAGCUGCUACAAGGCAGGGAGAAUUGAUUAGACUUGGCCAUCGGAUUGGGUUCCUACGUCUCACAUUUUAUGGACCAACUUGGCAAGUGCAAGACAAAGCAGAUGCUAACAAUAUAGCUUAUACAACUGGGAGACUCUGUUUUCAUACUGAUUAUCCUGUUCUGCAGCAUCCACCUGGGGUUCAAUUUCUUCAUUGUAUAAAACAAACAGCUGCAGGAGGUGAAAGUGAAGUUGUAGAUGGAUUUUAUGUAUGCAACAAGCUGAAGAAACAAAAUCCUGAGUCAUAUCAGAUCCUGUCUUCUACUGCUGUAGACUAUGUUGAUGUUGGGGUGGAUUACUGUGAUUUUGCUGUGCAUGGUAAACAAAGGAUUAUAGAUACAGAUUCCAAAGGCCAAGAAAUUCGCAUCAAUUAUAAUAAUGCAACAAGAGACACAGUGUUUGAUAUACCAGCUGAAAAAGUGAGGCCAUUUUAUGCAGCUCUAAAGGAAUUUAAUGAUUUAUUAAACAGUGCAGAACACAAGUUUACUUUCAUGCUGAAACCAGGAGACAUACUGACAUUUGAUAACUGGCGUGUGCUUCAUGGUCGCCAAAGCUACCCAUCAUCAGGUUCAGAAGUGACACGUCACCUGGAAGGUGCCUAUGCAGACUGGGAUGUAGUCAUGUCAAGGCUCCGGCUCCUUAGGAAAAGGGUCCUGAAUAGGGACUGAGAUUUCUACUAACUUGAAGGAGCAAAAUGUUGAUUAUCUAACCUCAAUGACAACAGUGAUAUUAAAAAAAAAAGAGUCUUGAGAAACUAACAUCACUUUUGACAAGGGCUUGUUGUGGAACCAAGGUAAUGGCUUUAAACUGGCAGAGGGUAGGUUUUGAUUAGAUAUUAGGAAGACAUUCUUUACUGUGAGGGU